UGGUUACGCAACGCGUUCUUAGUUUCUUCGAUUUAUUUUCACUCAAGGAGAAAAUAAAAAUUGAAGAGAACUUUAUUAUAACGCCCUCUUACAAUAAAAUUCUAAAUCUCGUUUCUUACAUUAUUUCGGCUAAUAAAUAAUUAUGUGUGCCUGUUAAUAAGAUGUUAUUUUAGUGUGUGAAUUUAUUUUAAAUGUGUGCGUGUGUGUGUGGCCGCCCGAGAUUAUUAUUGGAAGUCACGUGGGAGUCCACGUUACCCUGAACGUGACACUAGACUAUCGGAGGCGGCUUUGCUCGUAUCGGAGACGCCACUCGUGUUCAGAACGACGCGACGCGAGCUCCACAAACGAUUUUUAUAGAUACUAUAAUCGUUGUCCGAAAAAAUAACGAGUUCACGUGUGCAAAAAAAAAACACUUUUGAUUUCAUUUUUGUUAGCAUUUCAUUUAUAUUCGUUUUUAAUGAUUACUUUCGACGACUUUAAUAUAAAUAUAAUUAAAAAUUAAUUUGGUGAAUACAUUAUAAAUUGGAUAAUUCGAGAAUUUGCAAAAUGAAUCACGGUUAUUGGGAGGAAAACGCGGCAACGCAGCACGUUAAAUACGAAAGUGGAGAUUCAGUACCAUGUUGUGAAGUAUUGGCACCAUAUUCGGAUUCAGAAUCAACAUAUGGAGUUCGUUUAACAAAAAAUCGUGUAUCCAGACAAGAUCCUUUAUCACAUCGAAUAAUCGAAAAACGUCGUCGCGAUCGUAUGAAUAAUUGUUUAGCUGAUUUAUCAAGAUUAAUUCCUGCGGAAUAUCUAAAGAAAGGUAGAGGCAGGGUUGAGAAAACUGAAAUAAUCGAAAUGGCUAUUAAACAUAUGAAACAUUUACAACAUUUGGACGAUUAUCGUUUGGGUUAUCAAGAAUGUAUGUCGGAAACGAUGCGUUUUCUUGUCGAAGUGGAAGGUCGAUUUCCACGGGAACCUUUUUGUGUUAGAUUAUUGGGACAUUUGCAGCAACACUGUGAUUCGUUAACGAAACAAGCGCCCGUUGAAGAUGCUUCGAAAGUCGAACCAAAUAAUAAUCAUAUCGAAGAGGAAUUACCUCAACAUCAUGAAAAACACACGGAAACUUAUAAAUAUAAAACUAAUAUUAAGUUGAGGUUUAAUCAAGACUUACAGCAUGCAAGAAGAAACUCUACUGCAAGUAUUGAAAAUCAUAGUUCAAGUCAUAGUUCGCCACCAAGCAGUGAGAUGACGUGUACGAGAAUGUCAACGGAAACGGAAUUAACAUCACAUCCGGGGGAGAAUCAUCUACAUCAUCACAACAACAAUCAUCAAGUCAACAAUAGGGUUGCAACGAGUAGGCCGACACCCACUCGCGCGGCACAACAUCAAACCACCAAUUUUAAUGUGCCCGUGUUCGUUUUACAUUCAAAAGGAACGUUUUAUGUGCCUCUAUCGAUUGAUUACCAAACCUUGUUGCCAUUUUUACACGAUUGGGACCUCUUGGAAGUUCAUAGCGUCGUUCUACACCCCGUUACCAUUAAUGUUAGCUUUCCAACGCCUUCCGGUGGCGGAAGUUCGGUACUUCGAGGUAGUACUACUUCUUAGCGACGACGACUAUGUUGGCCGUCGUUUUUGGCUGUGAUAGUCAGGGAAAAUAGAUUCCGCGAUUUUAAUUUUUUUUAUUUCGUUUAAUGUGAAAGGAGAGAGUGCUUUUUAAGAUUAGGUGCAAUCUUUUUUUUGUAUUUUAGGUAAUCAAUGGUGGAAUUUGACAUUCUAUCAAAGUGGAUGGUCAAUGUUAAGUCUUUUUUUUGGGGGGUUAUCUAACAAUACUGACUGUUUUAGAAUUUUGUUCGAAGUGAGAUAAAUAAAUUUUGAUCAACCCGUCUAA